UUUGGUGGGAAAAAUUUAGUCAUAGAAACCUUAAAUUUGUUUUAUUUUGCCUUAAUAGGUAAUACUGCGUCCAGUCUCUGCUCGGCUACCCAGGAUAAUAGCAAACACAACUUCUGCCCAUUAAUGAUGGAUAACAACCCAGAGGAAUGUUCAGUGUGUUUUAACAAUUAUGAUGACAAUCAGCUACGGCCUCGCACACUGCCGUGCGGCCACACAUUCUGCUCCCAGUGUAUUGACAAUGCUAUCAAGAAUGGUCAGCUGACCUGCCCCAGCUGCCGUGCCGAGCACGCUGCCACAGCUGCUACUCAGUUCCCAAUUAAUUAUGGUAUGGAGGCCCUUAUCAGAAAACUAAAAGGUAUCGAGGUUGUACCAGAGAAAACGUUACCAGCAAAACCCAUUAAAGCUCCUGCAAGAGGAAUCAGCAAGAAGUUACAUUCCAUAAUGGAGGAGCAGAAGAGCAACAUCAGCAGCCUCAUUACUAGCUGUGAAGAGGUAUUGUCCCAGCUGGGGGAGUACCGGGGGCAGCUGGGGGACUGGAAGACUCACCACCUCCAGCUCCAGGACAGACUCUAUGCUCUGGUGGAGCAGAAUAAGUCAGCAAUGAAGCUCUUGGAACUGGAGGAUACCAGUGUGGUGGAUAUGACAACACAAGGAGAGGAAGGGAAGAUUCAGCUGCAGGCCAUAUUGGGGAACCUCGACACAGUCAACACAGCGCAGGAAGUAUUCAUGACCAUCAAUGAAGUUGACCAAUGCAACAUGGAGGUAGAAAAUUGGCUCCAGAAGUGCCAGGAACUCUUCCCAAAUGUCAAGACUGUCCACACCUCAGUGAAGGUGCAGGAGACCAUCAGGGAGGCCCUGGAGAUGAUGACCGCAGAGACAGGUGCCACAGAAAAUAAAGUUAUUGAACUGCAAACAUCUCUGGUGCGGCCACAUUUGGACUGCUGUAUCAAGCAUAGAGGCCUCAGCUUCACAACAUAUCUGCUGUGGAGAAAGUACAACACAGAGCGACAAAAAGCAUCUCAGAACUAUAUCGGCUCCCAUACCAGGAACGGUUGA